CACCCCCUACCCAUACCAUAACAAAGAGACUAGAGAGAGUUGUGACUGAGAAAAGCUUGUUCGGUACCAAAAAUGGCGACUACUUUGAGUAGAUUCAUCAAGAAAGCUGCAUCUUCAUCGAUCCCACUAGCCAAUCAUCAUAGAAAUUACAGCUCUGCCAUCUUCACUACCGCUUUCAAGAACACUAUCACUGAUACUAGUAGUAAUCUUUCUAGGGCAAGGAUUUCAAAUCAAACCCAAAUUUCAUCAACAAGGUUUUUCUCUAAAUCUCCUCAAUACGUCGAGAAAGUUGGAAUAGUGGAGUUUCUGAACGGAAUUGGUAAAGGAGUUGAAACACAUAUUCCUAAACUUGACACAGAGAUUGGGGAUUUUCACAAAUUGCUUGUUACUCGGACUCUCAGCCUUAAGAAACUUGGUAUCCCUGUCAAACAUAGAAAGUUGAUCCUGAAGUACACCCACAAGUACAGGCUUGGACUUUGGAGGCCUCGAGCUGAUACGUUGAAAGCUUAACUUUAUGCCUACCACGACUGAAACCGUGAACAAUUUUGCUCUGCGGUUACUGGAGUGAGAUCUUUAUAGGAAGAUAGUUACGCCAGAUUGAAGAAACACUCUGUAAGUGUGUUAGUUCUUUAUGUCAAUAGUGUGGACUGCUUUUCUUUUGAGCUUAAAAUUACAUUCGACACGGUUCAGUGUCGAAUUCAUAGGAUUAAGAUUAAUAUUUGAGGCAUAGAGAAUUCGGUGUGGUUGUAGACCAAAAUUUUGAAUUCUUUAAAAUAUUUUGCAAUAAUGUAGAUUCUUUCCUUGCGGCUUCAGCUCA